CACAGCACUAUUUCAUGCAAGCUCUUGCAAAACCACAAAGAAAGAAAACUUCCUGAAAUCAGCCAAAGAGAGAGUUUUACUAAACAUCCGAGUAACAAAGUGUAUAAAAGUUUAUCAAGUUCUGUUGAUUUGUAGAAAACAAAUAGACUGUAAACAUGGCCGAUGUUGACAACCUCUGUGACUGUAUGUUCUCACUCACACUGAAGAGGCUUCCAGCUGAAGAAGAGUUCCCAGAUCUCAGUACGCACAACAACCACAUGGCCAAAGUGCUAACACCGGACAUGUACAAAAUGCUGAGAGAGAGGGCUACACCCAAUGGAUACACCAUAGACAACGUUAUCCAGACAGGAGUGGACAAUCCAGGUCAUCCUUUCAUCAUGACUGUGGGCUGCGUUGCUGGAGAUGAGGAGACAUACGAAGUCUUCAAAGAGCUGAUGGAUCCAGUGAUUGAGGACAGACAUGGAGGAUAUAAGCCAACGGACAAACACAAGACUGACCUCAACCCAGAUAAUCUGGUAGGUGGUGAUGAUCUUGACCCUAACUAUGUCCUGAGCUCACGUGUCCGAACAGGACGCAGCAUCCGUGGCUUCUGCCUGCCGCCCCACUGCAGCCGGGUGUUUGACAAACCCGUGUCUCCCCUGCUGCUGUCUGCAGGAAUGGCCCGUGAUUGGCCUGAUGGCAGAGGCAUCUGGCACAAUGACAACAAGACGUUCCUGGUGUGGGUGAAUGAAGAAGACCACCUGCGUGUCAUUUCAAUGCAGAAAGGAGGCAAAAUGAAGGAAGUGUUCGAACGCUUCUGCACUGGACUCACCAACAUCGAGAAUCUGUUCAAGGAAAAAGGUAAUUCGUUCAUGUGGAAUGAGCAUCUGGGCUACGUUCUGACCUGUCCAUCCAAUCUGGGAACAGGUCUGCGAGCAGGUGUGCAUGUGAAGCUGCCCAACAUGAGCAAUAAUGCAAACUUUGACGAGGUUCUGAAGAGGAUGAGGCUUCAGAAACGUGGAACUGGUGGCGUGGAUACGGAUGCUGUUGGUGGGGUGUUUGACAUCUCCAAUGCUGAUCGACUGGGCUUCUCUGAGGUGGAGCUGGUGCAGAUGGUGGUGGAUGGAGUCAAGCUGCUGAUUGAGAUGGAGAAAAGACUGGAGGGUGGUCAGUCCAUUGAUGACCUGAUGCCUGCCCAGAAGUAAAACACAUCCUUACAGACAAGAACCAUUUACCUGUAAGAUUAGACCAAGAGAAUAAGAAAUUAAAACAAACACUGGAAAAGGACAAAAAGAAAGAAGUAAGGAUGCCCAUAUCCAUGAAAUGUCAUUCUUCAAAUGGCUCCAACAUUUACAACCAACUCCUAGAUUUGUCUUAGAGGCUUUAUCAUAGGGA